AUGGCGAAAUAUUACCCCCUGUCUCAGAUCCUUACCGUGGCCAAGGUCCAUCCAUUUUACUCUGAUACCCAAUGGGCUCCUACACGCGAAAGAUUAUCUGACAUCCUUGCGAAUUCCAAUGAUUACGCCGAGGAUAUUCACCUUCAUUCCUUUCCACCCACAGAGAAGGCCAAACUCCCCCAAAAUGGUUAUCGACAAAGCACCUAUAUUAGCACGACUGGGGGUGGAUCUGGGGGUGCUCCGAUGGUGUUUGCCACAGACUCUUUGGAGAAUCGUCAUCAAAGAGCAGCGAUAGGAUCCUUAAUCCGGGCCUGUCAAAUUAUUGAGCCAGGUGACUGGGUCUUAACCAUGCAUGUCUCCGGCCAUUUCUACCGGCAGGUCAAUGCACUACGACGCUGGUAG